GUAUAUGAUGAGUUCAACACGCUUGAUGCUGUUUGGCUCCUUCAUGAUGGGAAGACGGUAGAUCAUUCACACCCCGAAACCCAACUCUUCUUCCUCCCCUUCAACCACUUCUUCUGUCUCACCACAGAAACAAUAACUUGAAAAUAAAGAAAAGAUCAAAGCAAAUUCUCAUUACAGUCACAUUCGUAAUUCAAUGCACAAUCGAAUUCGAAACCCAUAGAACCAACCAACCCAGCUCCCUUCCUUUCAAACUCCACCGAUUUGAUUCUCGCAAUGACGUCUUCUGAUUCCAUCUUUCUAGAAGACUUCGGUCAGACGGUGGACCUCACGCGCCGAAUCAGGGAGGUGCUUGUGAACUACCCCGAGGGAACCACCGUCCUCAAGGAGCUAAUCCAGAACGCCGACGAUGCUGGCGCCACUACCGUCUCCCUUUGCCUCGACUGCCGCUCCCACCGCCGCGACUCACUUCUUUCCGACACCCUCGCCCAGUGGCAGGGCCCCGCCCUCCUCGCCUAUAACGAUGCCGUUUUCACCGAGGAGGAUUUCGUCAGCAUCUCCAAGAUUGGAGGCAGCAGCAAGCACGGCCAGGCCUGGAAGACCGGCCGCUUCGGGGUUGGAUUCAACUCAGUUUACCAUUUGACAGAUCUUCCUUCCUUUGUGAGUGGCAAAUAUGUGGUGUUAUUUGAUCCUCAGGGUGUAUAUCUUCCAAAAGUUUCGGCGGCAAAUCCUGGGAAGCGGAUUGACUUCACCAGUUCAUCCGUGCUCUCCUUAUAUGAGGACCAGUUCUUCCCCUAUUGUGGUUUUGGGUGUGACAUGCAGCGUCCUUUUGCCGGAACUUUGUUCCGUUUUCCUUUGAGGAAUGCAGACCAGGCUGCCAGUAGUAAGCUCUCAAGGCAAGCAUAUACACCCAAAGACAUUUCAUCCAUGUUUGAUCAGCUCUUUGAAGAAGGAAUAUUGACUCUUCUCUUUCUAAAGAGUGUACUGCGCAUUGAAAUAUAUGUAUGGGAUACUGGAGAACCUGAACCCAAGAAAAUUCAUUCAUGUUCUGUUAGUUCAGUGACAAAUGACUUAGUGUGGCACCGGCAGGCACUGCUCAGAUUAUCCAAAGUUUCAAACACCAGUAAUGAAGUUGAUGCAUUCUCAUUGAACUUCUUAAGUGAGUCACUAAGAGGAGUUGAAACUGAGAGGCAAACUGAGAGAUUUUAUGUGGUGCAAACCAUGUCCGCAAAAUCAAGCAGGAUUGGCUCUUUUGCUUCUACUGCAUCCAAAGAGUAUGACAUUCACUUGCUGCCAUGGGCAUCAAUUGCGGCAUGCAUUUCUGAUAAUUCACUGAAUAAAAAUGCUCUCAGAACUGGUCGUGCAUUCUGUUUCCUUCCAUUGCCUGUUAGAACGGGGCUUAGUGUACAUAUCAAUGGAUUCUUUGAAGUCUCAUCAAACCGUCGUGGCAUUUGGUAUGGGGAUGACAUGGAUAGAGGCGGAAGAGUUCGUUCUACCUGGAAUAGGCUUCUUCUGGAAGAUGUUGUGGCUCCCACUUUUAUCCGUAUGCUGCUUGGUUUGACAGAUUUACUAGGGCCUACAGAAAUGUACUAUUCUUUAUGGCCUACUGGUUCUUUUGACGAACCAUGGAGCAUUUUGGUUCAACAAAUAUACAAAAACAUUGGCAAUGCUCCCGUUAUACAUUCAGAUAUUGAUGGAGGAAGAUGGGUGACACCAAGUGAAGCUUUUCUUCAUGAUGAAAAAUUCACUAAAAGCAAGGACCUAGGUUUGGCUCUGAUUCAAAUAGGAAUGCCAGUUGUGCAUUUGCCUAACUCAUUGUUUGACAUGCUUUUAGAAUAUAAUUCCAGCAUGGUGGUUACUCCUAGUACAGUACGCCAAUAUCUUAGGCAAUGUGAAACAUUUAACUUGAGCAAACCAGACAAGCUUCUAUUGUUGGAAUAUUGCAUAGAGGACUUGGUUGACGAUGAUGUUGGUAAAGAGAUGUGCAACUUGCCCUUACUUCCUUUAGCAAAUGGUGAUUUUGCCGCAUUUUCGGAAGCAUCGAAAGGAAUUUCUUAUCUUGUAUGCGAUGAAUUAGAAUAUAAAUUAAUGGAGCCAGUUUCAGGUAGAGUAAUUGAUAGAGCCAUUCCUCCCGAUAUAUUGACCAGACUCUCUGCUAUUGCAAAGUCCUCAAAGACCAAUAUUUCCCUUUGUAGCAUUCACCAUUUUGCUCAGUUAUUCGCUGCAUUUAUGCCAGCUGACUGGAAAUAUAAAAGUAAAGUGUUAUGGGAUCCUAAACUCUGUCAAAAGCCAACAUCGUCAUGGUUUUUGCUAUUUUGGCAGUAUCUGGGAAAGCAGAGUAAAAAAUUACCAUUGUUUAGUGAUUGGCCGAUUUUACCAUCCACAUCUGGACAUUUGUUAAGACCUUCUGAACAACGGAAAAUUAUCAGUGGAAGCAAUCUGUCUGAUACACUGCAGAAUAUCCUUGUCAAAAUUGGAUGUGAUAUAUUGAAUUCAAGUUAUGUAGUUGAAUAUCUGGAUUUAUCUAGUUAUAUAUGCAACGGAAGUGCAUCGGGUGUUUUGGAAUCAAUUUCUAAUGCAGUUUCAAAUAAUGACAUUGUGCAAGUUUCACUGGAUAACCUGAUUGCUGAAGAGCGAAAUGAGCUCCGCAGGUUUCUUUUAGAUCCUAAAUGGUAUGUUGGACGCUCUGUGGAUGAAGUUAGCAUAAGGUUUUGCAAGAGGUUACAUAUAUUCGAAGUCUACAACAGAGAGUCUGCUCAAGAUUCCCUUUUCUCUGACCUAGAAAAUCCUCGUAAGUACUUAUCACCAUUGGAUGUGCCAGAGUUUAUUCUGGGUGCAGAGUUCAUUGUCAGAUCCCCACAUAUUGAAGAGGAUAUUCUGUCAAGGUAUUUUGGAGUUGCGAGAAUGGGGAAAGCACUCUUUUACAAGCAGCACGUGUUUAACAGAAUUGGGGAAUUGGAAGCUGAGGUCCGUGAUAGCAUAAUGUUAUCUGUUCUGCAAAAUUUGGCACUUUUAUCUCUUGAGGACAUAUCGAUCAGAGACUCUUUGAGAAAUUUGGAAUUUAUCCCAACACUCACCGGUGCUCUUAAGCGUCCCUCAGUCUUGUAUGAUCCAAGGAAUGAAGAACUAUAUGCAUUACUAGAAGACUCUGAUAGUUUCCCUUCUGGUGCUUUCCAGGAGUCUGAAACACUUGAUAUUCUGCGCAGCCUGGGGCUCAGAACUUCUGUCUCUCCAGAUACAGUUUUAGAAAGUGCCCGGUGUAUAGAGCAUUUGAUGCAUGGGGAUCAACAAAAGGCAUAUUUGAGAGGGAAAGUGCUUUUCUCAUACCUAGAAGUUAAUGCAUUGAAAUGGUUUCCUGAUCAAGUUGAUGAUAAACGAGCAGUUAACCGAAUGUUGUCACGAGCAGCAACUGCCUUUAGGUCGCGCACCCCAAAAUCUGAUCUUGAAAAGUUCUGGAAUGAUCUUAGGUUGAUUUCUUGGUGCCCAGUUUUAGUUUCUGCCCCAUUUGGCUCAUUACCAUGGCCGGUUACAUCAUCUGUAGUUGCUCCUCCAAAAGUUGUGAGGCCACUAAGUGAUUUGUGGCUAGUCUCGGCUAGCAUGCGGAUAUUGGAUGGCGAAUGCUCUUCCACAGCUUUGUCAUAUAACCUGGGAUGGAUGUCUCCACCAGGAGGUGGUGUAAUUGCUGCUCAACUACUUGAGCUUGGAAAAAAUAAUGAGAUUGUGACUGAUCAAGUACUUAGGCAGGAAUUAGCCCUGGCAAUGCCGAGGAUAUACUCAAUUUUGACAGGAAUGAUAUCAUCGGAUGAGAUUGAGAUUGUUAAAGCUGUUCUUGAAGGCUGUCGGUGGAUAUGGGUGGGAGAUGGAUUUGCAACCUCUGAUGAGGUAGUCCUUGAUGGUCCUCUCCAUUUGGCUCCGUAUAUUCGUGUUAUUCCAGUUGACUUGGCAGUUUUCAAAAAUCUGUUUCUAAAACUUGGUAUCCGAGAAUGCUUGCAACAUGCUGACUAUGCCAAUAUCCUUGCUAGGAUGGCAGUAAAGAAAGGAUCAUCUCCGCUUGACCCAAAUGAGAUUCGGGCAGUCACUCUAAUAGUUCACCAGCUAGCUGAAGUCUAUCUUCAUGAACAGAAUGUCAAGGUAUAUCUACCAGAUAUAUCAGGUAGACUGUUUCUUGCCGAUGACUUGGUCUUUAAUGAUGCACCCUGGUUGCUAAGUUCAGAAGAUCCGAAUGGUUCUUUUGGCAAUGCAGCGAAUGUAAAUUGGAAUGCAAAGAGAACAGUUCAAAAAUUUGUGCAUGGAAACAUAUCUAAUGAUGUAGCAGAAAAACUUGGUGUUCGGUCUCUUCGUAGGAUGUUACUGGCCGAGAGUGCAGACUCAGUGAAUUUUGGUUUGUCUGGAGCUGCUGAGGCUUUUGGACAGCAUGAAGCUUUGACAACAAGGCUUAAGCACAUACUUGAAAUGUAUGCUGAUGGACCUGGGACUCUCUUUGAGAUGGUACAAAAUGCAGAAGAUGCAGGUGCUUCUGAAGUAAUAUUUCUUUUGGAUAAGUCUCAAUACGGGACUUCUUCUAUUCUUUCUCCAGAAAUGGCUGACUGGCAAGGUCCUGCUUUAUAUUGUUUCAAUGACUCUGUUUUUAGUCCACAAGAUCUUUAUGCCAUUUCUCGUAUUGGCCAAGAGAGUAAACUUGAGAAGGCUUUUGCAAUUGGAAGAUUUGGACUAGGAUUUAAUUGUGUCUACCACUUUACGGACAUUCCCAUGUUUGUUUCUGGAGAAAAUAUUGUAAUGUUUGACCCUCAUGCCUGUAAUUUGCCUGGAAUAUCUCCUUCCCACCCUGGUUUACGAAUUAAGUUUGUGGGGAGGCAGAUUUUGGAGCAAUUUCCCGAUCAAUUUUCUUCAUUGCUACAUUUUGGCUGUGAUUUGCAACACCCAUUUCCAGGUACUCUGUUUCGGUUCCCUCUUAGAACUGCAGGUGUUGCCUCUCGCAGCCAAAUUAAAAAGGAAGUUUAUACACCUGAAGAUGUCAGAUCUCUCUUUGCUGCUUUUUCUGAGGUUGUUUCUGAAACAUUACUUUUUCUGCGUAAUGUGAAAUCUAUUUCUAUUUUUGUGAAAGAAGGCACAGGACAUGAAAUGCACCUACUGCACCGUGUACGCAGAACCUGUGUCGAUGAGCCUGAAAUCAGAGCUAGUGAAGCCCAGGAUAUGUUUAACUUUUUCAAGGAGGAGAAGCACAUUAGAAUGAAUAGAGUUCAAUUUCUGAAGAAGCUAAGCUCUAUUGACAGAAAUUUGCCGUAUAAAUGCCAGAAGAUCCUAAUUGAGGAGCAAAGCACAUCUAAUCGUAGUUCACACUAUUGGAUAACCACAGAAUGUUUAGGUGGCAGGAAUGCUCAAAAGGGAACCUCUGAAGCAUCCAAUGGUCAGAGUCAGAAUUUUAUUCCCUGGGCAUGUGUUGCUGUAUAUUUGAAAACUGUUAAGUUUGGUGAUGACCUGGCUGAUAGUUCUGGGGGGGAGGAUCGUUGUCUGGUUUUUCCUGAUCUAUUACAAGCUGCCAAUUUGCCAAUGCAUCUACCAGAAAAUUUUGAAGGUCGUGCAUUCUGCUUUUUACCUUUACCCAUAACUACUGGUCUUCCUGCACAUGUAAAUGCAUAUUUUGAACUAUCAUCGAAUCGCAGGGAUAUCUGGUUUGGUUCUGAUAUGACUGGGGUUGGAAGAAAACGCUCAGAGUGGAAUAUUUACCUCCUUGAAAAUGUUGUUGCCCCUGCCUAUGGUCGUUUACUUGAGAAGGUAGCAUCAGAGAUUGGCCCUUGCAAUUUGUUCUUCUCAUUGUGGCCAACAACAUUAGGGUUAGAACCUUGGGCAUCCGUAGUGCGGAAACUUUACCAAUUUAUUGCUGAAUUCAAUCUUUGUGUAUUAUAUACAGAAGCUAGAGGUGGUCAAUGGAUCUCAACCAAACAUGCUAUAUUUCCAGAUUUUUCUUUCCUUAAGGCAGCAGAACUUAUUAAAGCAUUGGCGAGUGCUUCUUUGCCUGUCAUUUCGCUUCCGCAAUCACUUGUAGAAAGGUUUAAGGAGAUCUGUCCAUCGUUGCAUUUUCUAACACCAAAGCUGUUAAGGAUUUUGUUGAUCAAAAGGAAGCGUGAGUUCAAGGACAGGGUUGCAAUGAUUUUGUCCCUUGAGUAUUGCUUACAUGACUUGCAAGAAAACAUGCAGUGCGAUAGUCUGUUGGGCUUGCCGUUGUUACCACUCGCAGAUGGUUCCUUUACAUCAGUUGAUAAGAAGGGUGUUGGAGAAAGAGUUUACAUUGCACGUGGUGAUGAGUACGGCCUUCUCAAGGAUUCGAUUCCACAUCAGCUUAUAGAUUGCGUUAUUCCAGAAGAGGUUCAUAGAAAACUUUGCUACAUUGCCCAAACAGAUGGUACAAAUAUUUCUUUCUUGUCAUGCCAGUUACUUGAGAAGCUUCUGGUGAAAAUACUGCCUGGAGAGUGGCAACAUGCUAGACAAGUAAGCUGGACUCCUGGUAUUCAUGGCCAACCCAGUUUAGAAUGGUUGCAACUACUAUGGAAUUAUCUGAAAUCAUAUUGUGAUGAUCUUUUAAUGUUCUCUAAGUGGCCUAUAUUGCCUGUUGGAGAUGAAUACUUGAUGCAGUUAAUACCAAAUUCUAAUGUGAUAAAAAAUGAUGGAUGGAGUGAAAAGAUGUAUUCUUUGUUGUUGAAGGUUGGAUGUUUAUUUUUGAGAAAUGACCUGCAGUUAGAUCAUCCAAAACUGGAACAUUUUGUCCAGCCAUCAACCGCAAGGGGUGUAUUGAAUGUGUUCAUGGCUGUUGCUGGAGACCCGCAGAAUAUUGAGGGGAUUUUCAAAGAUGCAUCUGAAGGGGAACUACAUGAACUGCGGAGUUUUGUUCUCCAGUCAAAAUGGUUCUCUGAAGAGCAAAUUGAUAACACACAUGUUGAUACCAUCAAACACCUCCCUAUAUUUGAGUCAUACAAAAGCAGGAAACUAGUAAAUUUGUGUAACCCUGUGAAAUGGCUUGGUCCCACUGGUGUUCGUGAAGAUCUUUUAAAUGAUAGCUUCAUAAGAACUGAAUCAGAAACAGAAAGGAUCAUUAUGAGAAGGUAUUUAAAGAUAAAAGAACCAACAAAGGUGGAAUUCUACAAAGAUCACAUAAUCAAUCACAUGUCAGAGUUCCUUUUGAAGCAAGAAGUCAUUUCAGUUAUUCUGCAUGAUGUGCAGCUUUUAAUUAAAGAGGAUACCUCUCUCAAAUCUUCACUUCCAACCAUACCAUUUGUGAUGGCAGCUAAUGGAACUUGGCAACAACCGUCUAGGCUUUAUGAUCCUCGUGUUCCUCAGCUUAAAAAGAUGCUGCAUGGGGAUGCUUUUUUCCCCUCUGACAAAUUUUCAGACCCUGAAAUUUUAGAUACUUUAGUUACCCUUGGACUUAGGACAACUCUGGGAUUUACUGGUUUGCUUGAUUGCGCUAGAUCAGUUGGCAUGUUGCAUGAUUCCGGGGCUAUUGAAGCCUCCAACCAUGGUAGAGUGUUACUGGUUUUUUUGGCUAAACUAGCCCAUAGGCUCUCAAAUAAAGGUGAAAGUUAUAAUGGUGAUCAACAGGUUGCCAUGGUUGUGAGAAGCAGCAGUAUAAUUGAUGAUACUGUUGUAUAUGAAGGCUUUCCUAAAGAGGAUGUGAACUCCCCAACAGAUGUUGAUUCUUUUGUAAGCAGCUUAACUGAUGAUAUGGCAGAGGAGGAAUUUUGGUCUGAACUGAAGCAAAUCUCUUGGUGUCCAGUAAUUUCUGAUCCACCUGUUAGGGGACUUCCAUGGUUGAAAUCCAAUAACCAAAUUGCACCCCCCAUGAUUGUGAGGCCUAUAUCACAAAUGUGGAUAGUGUCGUCCUCAAUGCACAUAUUAGACGGUGAAUGUGACAUGACAUAUCUACAAACUAAACUUGGGUGGAUGGAUUGCCCAGAAAUUGCAGUUUUAUCAAGACAGUUAAUUGAGCUAUCUGAGUCCUAUAAGCAGCUUAAGAUGAAUUCAUUGCUGGAUCCUGGUUUUGAUGCUCAGUUACAAAAGGAAAUACCUUGCCUUUAUUCAAAAUUGCAAGAAUAUAUUAGCAGCGAUAAGUUCAAUGAACUGAAAGCAGGAUUAAGUGGUGUUUCAUGGGUCUGGAUUGGUGAUGAUUUUGUAUCACCAAAUGCACUUGCAUUUGAUUCCCCUGUAAAAUUUACUCCUUAUUUGUAUGUUGUUCCAUCUGAACUCACAGAGUAUAAAGACUUGUUGCUAAAGUUAGGAGUCAGAUUGAGUUUUGGUAUUACCGAUUAUAUUCAUGUAUUACAAAGGUUGCAGAAUGAUGUGCAACGACUUCCUCUUUCAAUGGAUCAGCUAAAUUUUGUCUGUUGUGUCGUUGAAGCCAUAGCAGAAUGUUGCCUGGAGAAGCCACUUGUUGAGCCUGUUGAUGGGCCCUUGCUGAUUCCUGAUACUUUUGGAAUUCUGAUGCCAGCAGGAGAUCUUGUGUAUAAUGACGCACCUUGGCUGGAAAACAGUUCUCUUAUUGGCAGACACUUUGUACAUCCAAGUAUCAGCAAUGAUUUGGCAGACAGGCUGGGUGUACAGUCAGUUCGUUGCCUCUCUUUAGUCAAUGAAGAUAUGACUAAAGAUCUACCCUGCAUGGACUAUAAUAAAGUAAAUGAUCUUUUGGCCCUGUAUGGGAGCACUGAGUUUUUGUUGUUUGACCUCCUUGAGUUGGCAGAUUGCUGCAAUGCAAAGAGAUUGCACCUGAUUUAUGAUAAAAGGGAACAUCCACGUCAGUCUUUGCUGCAGCACAAUUUAGGUGAAUACCAAGGUCCUGCUCUGAUAGCGAUCUUCGAAGGUGCCUGCUUGAGUAGAGAGGAAUUUAGCAAUUUCCAGCUCCAUCCUCCAUGGAGAAUACGGGGGAACACACUAAACUAUGGUUUAGGACUAGUUUGCUGCUAUUCUAUAUGUGACCUUCUCUCAGUCAUUUCUGGUGGCUACUUUUACAUGUUUGAUCCUCAUGGUAUGGUACUUGCUGCACCUUCAACUAAUGCUCCUUCAGCAAAGAUGUUUUCUUUGAUAGGUACUGAUCUGACACGACGCUUUUGUGAUCAAUUUAGUCCAAUGCUCAUUGAUCAGCAUGAUUUGUGGUCGCUAUCGGAUUCUACCAUUAUCCGGAUGCCGCUAUCAUCUAAUCACUUGAAGGUUGGGCCUGACCAUGGAUCAGACAAAAUAAAGCAUAUUACUGAAAUAUUCAUGGAGUAUGGAUCUAGAGCACUCCUAUUUCUGAAGUCAGUUUUGCAGGUGUCAAUAUCAACAUGGGAAGAAGGAAGUUCACAACCAUUGCAGAAUUUUUCAGUAAGCAUUGAUCCAUCAUCUUCUGUUAUGAGGAAUCCAUUUUCGGAAAAGAAAUGGAGAAAGUUCCAAUUGUCAAGACUGUUUGGCAGCUCCAAUGCUGCUAUAAAGAUGCAUGUCAUUGAUGUGAGUUUAUAUUCAGAAGGAGCUACAAUCAUUGAUCGAUGGCUUCUAGUACUCAGCUUGGGUUCUGGGCAAACUAGAAAUAUGGCUCUUGAUAGGCGGUAUCUUGCUUAUAACUUGACUCCUGUUGCUGGAAUAGCAGCACUUAUAUCAAGAAAUGGUCAGCAUGCCAAUGUUUAUUCAGUGAGCUCAAUCAUGUCCCCUCUUCCUUUAUCUGGCUGUAUGAACAUGCCUGUUACCGUGGUUGGUUGCUUUCUUGUGCGUCAUAGCAGAGGCCGUUAUCUUUUUAAAUACCAAGACAGAAGAGCUUCUGCCGAGGGGCGAUAUGAUGCUGGAAAUCAAUUAAUCGAAUCUUGGAACAGAGAGCUGAUGUCUUGUGUAUGUGAUUCUUAUGUUGAAAUGAUUUUGGAAAUUCAAAAGCUUAGAAAGGACAUUUCAAGUUCUUUAAUUGAUUCUAGUGCUUAUCCUGCAAUCAGUGUCUCUUUGAAGGCAUAUGGAGAUCAGAUAUACUCCUUCUGGCCACGAUCUUUUGAAAGGCUUGGUCAGAGUGACCAAGUCGGUGAUCACGGUGACACUGCUUCUCCUGUGACGCUAGUUCCUAAAGCAGAUUGGGAAUGCCUAAAAGAGCGGGUGAUACAUCCAUUUUAUUCUCGUAUUGUUGAACUUCCUGUAUGGCAGCUAUACUCAGGAAACUUAGUGAAGGCCGAAGAAGGCAUGUUUCUUUCACAACCUGGGAAUGGGAUGAGUGGUAAUCUACUUCCAGCAACCGUUUGCAGCUUUGUAAAGGAGCAUUAUCCUGUUUUUUCAGUACCCUGGGAAUUGGUGACUGAAAUUCAAGCCGUAGGUUUUUCAGUGCGAGAAAUUAGACCAAAGAUGGUUCGCGAUCUCCUUAAAGUGUCUUCAAAGUCAAUUGUUUUGCGAUCAGUUGAUAUGUAUAUAGAUGUUCUUGAGUACUGCUUAUCAGAUUUUCAGCAAACCAGCUUGCCCAGAGAUAAUGCACCAACUGACCCUGUAACCGCAAAUGCUUUUGGUCAAGAAACUGAUGUGAGAAGCACUUCUCAGCAGGAAUCUUAUAUCCAUACCUCCACUGGUAUAUCUACUCAUGCUCAGGGGGCUGCUAGUUCUGGCGAUGCAUUGGAAGUGAUGACAAGUUUAGGGAAGGCUUUAUUUGAUUUUGGUCGGGGAGUUGUUGAAGAUAUUGGCAGGGCAGGAGCACCCUUGGCUUACAGGAAUUCUAUGAUGGGCAUAAGUCAAAAUAGGGACCCGAGGCUUUUAUCAGUUGCUGCAGAACUUAAAGGCUUACCAUGUCCAACUGCAACUAGCCAUCUGAAAAAAUUGGGCUUAACUGAACUUUGGGUUGGGAAUAAGGAGCAGCAGUCAUUAAUGGUUGCCCUGGGAGAAAAAUUUAUUCAUCCUAAAGUAUUAGACAGACCUCUCUUGGUAGACAUUUUCUGUAAUUUUUACCUUCAGGCACUAUUGAAACUACAGAACUUUUCCCUUAAUCUUCUGGCCAAUCACAUGAAGCUAAUUUUUCAUGAAGAUUGGGUGACCCAUGUAAUGGGUUCUAAUAUGGCCCCCUGGCUUUCAUGGGAGAAGGUGGCUAGUUCUGGUGGUCAAGGAGGUCCUUCACCUGAAUGGAUUAGAGUAUUCUGGAAGAGUAUGAGGGGAUCACAAGAGUUAUCUCUAUUCUCUGAUUGGCCUCUAAUACCUGCUUUCCUUGGCAGGCCAGUCUUAUGCCGUGUAAGAGAGCGGAAUCUUGUCUUUGUUCCUCCUCAUUUGGAGCACCCACCAUUAAUGAAUGAGACUAUAGAAAGGGAAUCCAGAGAGAGUUCUACAGAAAGGGUUAGUACAUCUACAAAUAAUAAUUCUGAUGCUGAAACAGCUGAUCCGUACAUUUCAGUUUUUGGAAGAUUCAAAAGUAGUUACCCCUGGUUGUUGCCAUUGUUAAACCAGUGUAACAUACCUGUAUUUGAUGAGGAAUUUAUAGAUUGUGCUGCUUCAUGCAAUUGUCUUCCAAUGCUGGGUAAAUCACUAGGCCAAGUUAUUGCAUCCAAACUCGUGGCAGCUAAGCAAGCUGGAUAUUUCACUGAGCCCACCAACAUCUCAGCUUCAAAUUGUGGUGAACUGUUCUCACUUUUUUCUGGUGAAUUCUUUUCAAAUGGAGUCAGCUACACAAGGGAAGAAAUUGAAGUUUUGCGUUCUCUCCCAAUAUAUAAAACAGUUCUUGGUUCUUACACCAAGUUGCAAGGUCAAGAUCAGUGUAUGAUCCCUUCAAAUUCAUUUUUCAAACCACAUGAUGAGCGUUGCCUUUCAUAUGCCACAAAUUCAAAGGAGGGUUCAUUUCUUAGAGCCCUUGGGGUGCUUGAGUUGCAGGAUCAACAGAUCUUAGUACGGUUUGGCUUACCAGUCUUUGAGAGUAAGCCUCAGAAUGAGCAGGACGAAAUUUUAAUAUAUGUUUUAAAAAAUUGGCAUGAUCUUCAAUCAGAUCAGUCAGUGGUUGAUGCUUUGAAAGAGACAAGGUUUGUAAGAAAUUCUGAUGAAUUUUCAUCAGAUUUGUUGAAGCCCAUGGAACUAUUUGAUCCUGGUGAUGCCAUUUUGAUAUCUGUUUUCUUUGGUGAGAGGAGAAAAUUUCCUGGAGAAAGGUUUGGUACAGAUGGCUGGCUUCGAAUUUUAAGGAAACUUGGCCUUCGAACUGCAACUGAAGUAGAUAUAAUAAUUGAAUGUGCCAAAAGAGUUGAGUUUCUUGGAAUUGAAUGCACAAAAUCAGGUGAUUUGGAUGAUUUUGAGGGUGACAGUUCCAACUCUCGUAGUGAAGUUUCAGCGGAAGUGUGGGCAUUAGGGGGAUCUGUAAUUGAAUUUGUUUUCUCCAACUUUGCUCUUUUCUUUAGCAACAACUUCUGUGAUCUUCUUCGCAAGAUUGCAUGUGUACCUGCUGAACUGGGAUUUCCCAAUGGUGGUUGCAAGAGGGUGCUUGCUUCAUAUAGUGAAGCUAUGAUAUUCAAAGAUUGGCCUUUGGGAUGGAGUAGUGCUCCCAUUCUAUCUAGACAAUAUGUUGCUCCCCCAGAAUAUUCUUGGGGAUCACUCCAUCUAAAGAGUCCUCCAGCUUUUUCUACAGUCCUAAAGCACUUGCAAGUAAUCGGGGAAAAUGGAGGUGAAGAUACUCUUUCUCAUUGGCCCAUUGCUUCAGCAAUGAACAUUGAAGAAUGUACCUGUGAAAUUUUGAAAUAUUUGGACAAAAUCUGGGGUUCCCUGUCUUCUUCAGAUGUGGCAGAGCUACGGAAAGUGGCCUUUGUACCUGCUGCAAAUGGAACACGCCUGGUGACUGCUGAUGUUUUAUUUGCUCGUUUAACUAUUAAUUUGUCUCCCUUUGCUUUUGAACUUCCUUCCGUAUAUCUCCCAUUUGUGAAGAUUCUUAAAGAUUUGGGACUUCAGGAAAUGCUAACACUUUCUGCUGCAAAAGAUCUUCUCUUAAAUCUUCAAAAAGCAUGUGGAUAUCAGCAUCUAAAUCCAAAUGAGCUCCGUGCUGUGAUGGAAAUUUUGAAUUUUAUUUGUGAUCAGAUUGUUGAGGGAAAUUCAUUUGAUCGAUCCAACUGGAAAUCAGAAGCCAUUGUACCUGAUGAUGGCUGUAGACUUGUUCAUUCAGCUUCUUGUGUCUACGUUGAUUCUUAUGGUUCUCGAUAUGUCAAAUGUAUUGAUACUUCCAGAAUUAGAUUUGUCCAUGAAGAUCUUCCCGAGAGAGUUUGUGUUGUUUUGGGAAUCAAAAAAUUGUCUGAAGUUGUCAUAGAGCAACUAGAUGAGAAUCACAAGUUGGAAUCUUUGGGAUCAAUUAGAUCUGUUUCACUGGGAACUGUCAAGCAGAAGUUAUUAAGCAGAUUUCUUCAAAGUGCUGUAUGGACUGUUGUUAAUAGCAUGGACAGUCACAUUCCUGGAUUCAAAAGCCCUUCAUUGGAUGCAAUAGAAUGUUUAUUGAACUCUUGUGCAGAAAAGCUGCAAUUUGUUAAGCAUCUCAAAACAAGGUUUUUCCUCAUGCCCAAUUUGGUAGAUGUCACACGUGCAGCCAAAGAUUUCAUUAUCCCCGAGUGGGAGAAUGAUUCUGCACAUCAAACUCUCUAUUUUAUGAAUCAAUCAAAAUCCUGUAUUAUAGUUGCUGAACCACCAACUUAUAUUUCCCUUUUUGAUCUCAUUGCUAUUGUAGUAAGUCAGGUAUUAGGGUCUCCUAUUAUAUUGCCUAUUGGAUCCUUGUUUGUAUGUCCUGAAGGAUCUGAGAUUUCAGUUGUUAAUGUUUUAAACCUUUGCUCUGACAAGAAAGAAGUUGAACACAUAAAUGGAACCAGUCAUUUUGUCGGCAAAGAAAUAUUGCCACAAGAUGCUCGUCUUGUUCAGCUGCAUCCGUUGAGGCCCUUCUACUCUGGUGAAAUAGUGGCUUGGCGCUCUCAACAGGGAGACAAACUGAAAUAUGGUAAGGUUCCUGAGGAUGUAAGGCCAUCAGCAGGUCAAGCUCUGUACAGAUUUAAGAUUGAAGUUGCACCAGGGGUUACACAACUUUUCCUUUCAUCACAAGUAUUUUCAUUUAAAAGUGUAUCAGCAAGCAGUACCCUGCAAGAAGCAUUGGUGCAUGAAAGCCCAGUAGUAUUUGACAGUAACAGGCCUCAAGAUGGACUCCCGGAGAGUUCAUCAAGGAGAGAAAUCUACUCUCAGCUAUGUGAACAGGCACAACCUCAGAAAGAAAAAUCUGGCAGAGUUUCAGCUGGAGAACUGGUGCAGGCUGUGAAUGAAAUACUCUCAGCUGCUGGGAUCAGUAUGGAUGUGGAGAAGCAGGCCCUUCUUCAGAGAACAAUAAAUUUGCAGGAAAAUCUUAGAGAAUCUCAGGCAGCACUUCUGCUGGAGCAGGAAAAGGUUGAAAAAGCAACAAAAGAAGCUGAUACAGCAAAAGCAGCAUGGGUUUGUCGGGUUUGUCUGAGUAAUGAGGUUGAUAUAACUAUAGUUCCUUGUGGUCACGUAUUGUGUAGAAGAUGUUCAUCAGCAGUAUCGAAGUGUCCCUUUUGUCGGCUUCAGGUCACGAAGGCUAUUAGAAUUUUCCGUCCAUGAAUCAUUUGAGGAUAUUCUUCAAGUUCCGUUCCAUUGGGGAACUUGGCUAACUCUUCACUUGAUGUAUUCUCGCUAUAUAUAGUUUGAUAAGAGAUUAAUCAACUGUACAUGUAUAUUCUGGACAUUCAUGUAAAUAGUUUCAUAAUUGACCCCCCAAUAAGAGGGUGCCUUUCAUAUAAUUUUAAAGGUUUUUUUGACGGAAAAUAAUACGCAAGU